CCUUAUUUCCCCCAAACAUAACACACACACAUUUACACUUUCCGUCCACAACUUCAAUUCUCUUCCACUAAUGGCACCAAAAGUGAAACCCGCCGGAAAAUCCGCCGGAAACGUAAACGCCGUCGGUGGAGUAAACACUAAAGAGCCACAUUUUAGGGGAGUUAGAAAGAGGCCAUGGGGUAGAUACGCUGCCGAAAUCCGUGACCCCGGAAAGAAAAGCCGAGUAUGGUUAGGUACGUUUGAUACCGCGGAAGAGGCGGCGCGUGCUUACGAUAAGGCGGCGCGUGACUUCCGUGGCGUCAAAGCCAAGACUAAUUUUCCAUCAAAUGAUGAUCUUGGUUUUCUUAAAUUACAUAAUAAUUGUCUUAGCGGAGGACCGGGACAGCGCAGUCCGAGUCAGACCAGUACGGUCGAAUCCUCGGACUCUGCCCCGGUCCCACUUCUAGACCUUAACCUUGCGUACGGUGUUCCAACACCGUUCGCCAUACAAUUCCCGUACCACGAUCACCGUUACUCCGCCGUCAACGUUGCCGGAAUUUAUUCGCCGCCGGCGAAACCAACUUUUUAUUUUCGGCAUGAAGCAAGUGUCUCAAAAAGUGAUGACUCUAACUCAUCAACGGUGGUUGACUUGAAGCUUUCGCCGCCGAGAUCCACCGGAAUUGAUCUUAACUUUCCGCCGCCGGCGGAAUUGUAAUUAGUAUUGUUAAAGAGAGGAUUGUUUUUUUACUAAGUAGGAAUACGACGUCGUUUACCAGAUCUACUUUUUUUGCAGCAUGUUGGAGGAAAUUUGCGUGUAAUUUCUCGAUUUGUUGUUCGGUAAAAGAUAGGCGUAAUUAAUUACUAUGUAAUUUUUGUUCAAUGGAAUUAAAUAUUCGGUGACUUAA